AUGAAUCGUGUCAGGAUUAAAUUCAAUCCAACCCUGGAACAGGCACCGAAGACGCAGUAUGUAUUUUUGAACAGAACUUCUAACUUAUGGUGCCCAGUGAAAGGUGCGCCGGCUCCAUACGUUGUAUGGAGAAAAGAUGGUUUCGCUGUUCAAAAUAGUACCAGCAUAACAUUUCAGCUUAAAAUAACGUCGGAAAACAACGCAAAUUACAGCUGCGAGGUACAAAGCGAUGGUGAGAUAUUUAGAAGGGACAUCUGCCUCAGAGUUGAAGAGUGCCCAGACCCGUGCGAAUGUGACGUCUUUCAGCAAACUUUUAUGGGUGUGGAUUGUAGUGGAAAAAAACUGAAUUCAGUUCUAUGGAAAUUUCCACUUGCCAUGGCAAAAUUGCGGUUGGACAACAAUCAUUUGGAGGACUUGCCAAAUGACAUAUUCACUAACAAUAUCAACCUAAUACGGCUGUGGUUGGACAACAAUCAGUUGAAGAAAUUACCAUCAGGGAUUUUCAGUAACAACAACCGGCUGCUCUACUUGUGGUUGUACAAUAACCAGUUGAAGAAAUUACCACCAGGAAUUUUCAGUAACAAUACCCAACUGACGGUGCUGUAAGUUUAGAGUUUG